AUGUCGUCUCCUUCGUCGUCGUCGCGGCGCCAGUGGUGCUACCUGUGCGACUUGCCUAAGAUGCCGUGGACAGUGGUGUGGGACUUUAGCGAGGUGGUGUGCCGCGGCUGCGUCAACUACGAGGGCGCCAACCAGAUCGAGUUCUUGAUAGCCAGCGCGCGGCAACUGAAGCGCAGCCACGGCAUUCAGGACGGGAACGUCCGCUCGCCCGGACCGGGACCUUCGCCUCACAAGCACGCCGUGCCUAGCCGCGGAGAGCCGGCGACGGACGGCGCUCGGUCGCAAGGUGAGCGCUUCGACCGCGGAGGCCGAGGAGAUGGCGGCGGCGUAUCCGCGGCUCGGGUGCCGCCCAACGGGCUGCACCGCGAGGGUCAACCGCCGCAAGAAGUCAACCGACAGAGUCCCAGCGGCAGCCGGAGACCCAUGAUCGGGGCGGCCAUACCCCCGAAUUUAGUGACUCAGAGCAUAGCCGGGAUCCCCCACGGGCUGCUGGCGGGCAUGCCGGCCGGCCUGACUGCCAGGACGGCCCCCAUGAGCGGCCCGAUGAUCUUCCCGGCGCCGGUGCUAGCCGAGAUGAACCGCCGCCAGCUGGGCAUCGGCAUGGGCAUCGCCCCCUUCAUCACACCGGAGCUCGAGCGGGAACUGAGCUCGUCCCAGCCCAAGUCGCAGUCCCAGGGUCACGCGGGAUCCAGCAAGAACGCCGGCUUGCCCUCCUCGUCGGCCUCAGUCAGUCAGACCAGCCCAAAGCCCGCGUCGUCGCCGGCCAGACAGCCGCGAGCCCCCGCCUCCCGCGCCGGGGGAGAGCCGCUGGCGUCCGGCGGGUCGUCAGAGGCUGCCACAGCCGCCGCGGCCGCGCUGCCCCACAGCGGAGCGUCCGAGAUGGGCUCGACGUCAGGCGGCAGCAGUGGUAGCAGCAGCCUGACCGGAAGCACCCUGUCCUGCACGCUUUGCCACGAGAGGCUGGAGGACACCCACUUCGUACAGUGUCCGUCCGUGCCGGGACACAGGUUCUGCUUCCCCUGCACCCGAGUGUACAUUCAGAGCCGGCGAGGUGACGGCGAGGUUUACUGCCCUAGCGGUGAUCGCUGCCCGCUGGACACGUCAGCCAACAGCCCCCCUUGGGCGUUCAUGCAGGGCGAGGUGUCUACCAUCCUGGGCACCGGCAUGGCGCCUGCCCCCUCCGCUGCCCCUCCCGGAGCCGGACCCGGCGGGGCCAACGGGUCUGCAGCGCAGAGCGUCGACGUCACCGUCAAGAAGGAGCGAGAGACGUGA